AUGGCCAGUUAUGUAGGCUUUGCAAAUCUGCCUAAUCAAGUUCACCGCAAGUCAGUGAAGAAGGGAUUUGAGUUCACUUUAAUGGUUGUUGGUGAGUUCUCUGGGUUAUUCCUUUCAACAAAUGGCUUUAUACUUAAUUAGCGGAGCUGUAAUGAUGACAUGUAUGAAUUAUUGGAACAUGUUAACAGUUAUAUAAUAUUACUAGCUUUAAAUGUAUAUAGUUUUGUGAUUACGUACAGUGAAUGCUGUCAACUAGAUGCUGCAAAUUAUUGGCUUAUGAAUUGCUGAGUGUAAUCCAAUUCCAUCUGUCUACAUGGUUUAAUCUGGAGAUGUCUGACUGGAGAUGUAGAAUUAUGAUCAUAAUGAUCCCCUUCCAACUCAGUGUCUGCAUUACUGAGGAGUUAUUUGCUAAAUAUCUGUAUUGUUUUCCUGACACUGGCAAUCAAAUAACUUUUCAACUCUCACAGAAGAUGUACUGCGAGUGAUACUUAGAUUGGGACAUGCAUGCAUUCAUAUGAAUUUGUUGACAAUGUAGUGGUCUAUCUACUUCCCUGCCUUUAAAUUUUGAUCAAUUAUUUGUCUAUUUUUGUUCAUUUCCCCUGUUGAUUUGGUAUUUGUUCUAUUUGGUAGAAUUAAUGGACUGUUUUGUUAAAGUUCUCUUCUAAAUUACUUACACCUACAACACUAGUGGUUUGUGUGACAGGUUAUUUUUGUAAAUGAGAAACUGUAACUGUUUCUUCCUUUUUUAUUUCCCCACUACAGGUGAAUCAGGACUUGGAAAGUCUACUCUUAUCAACAGUUUGUUUCUGACUGAUCUUUAUACCGACAGGAAAAUACCUCGGGCUGCUGGUGAGAUCCUUAUGCAGAUCUAACAUCAAAAUUAGUGCUACAGUUAAUGCUCAUGUACAAUUUAACUUCUCAUUAAUUUUUCACAUUUACUAAUAUCCUUUUAUCACUUCCUUUUUUCACUCAGAAAACAUUUCGUCAUCUUGUAAACUUAGUAUUGAUGUGGCGAUGUUUAAAAAUUCAUCUCCAUGAAAAUGUAAAUCCCGAGAUAAGGAAGUUAAUGCAAAAAAUUAUGGGCCUACCAUGCAUGGAUUCACACCAGUAUCCACCAUUUUAUGGAAAAUGGUCAGAUUUUUCAUAAUAAAUAUUUACUAUAUUUUUAAUAGUAGUAAAAAAAAAACUUUCCAGGUUGAAAUCUGGGAAUUGGUUUGGACAAAUUAAAUGCUUCAUCCAAAGAGAAUGGAACUGGUCAAUAUCCUGUCUGAAUAACUCAGAAACCCAGGAAAGGGGACUUUAGGGGGUUAAAAUCCCACAAAUUUCUCGAGGGAGCGUGCCACUGGACCCCCCUAGCUAGAAGCUUGCACCUUGUUUAGGAAACCAGUCAGUAUUUAUUCAAAUUUUUCCUAGAUCUGUGUCUGCACACCAACCUUUUCACCCUAUAUGAAUAACAAAUAUUAAAAAAAUUCGCCUCUGUCAACAAAUGUCUGAAACAGGGGAUGAAUCAAAUGUAGAGAACUCCAGGCCAAUUUCUUGAUCAUUAUACAAUGAGUUCAGAUCUAUUAAAUUUAAUAAAAAAUGCAAAAGCUUUUCACCUGAGAGUUUAAAAGGUUUAUGUCGUUUUGUAGAUGGCGUGAAAAGGACAGUCAAGAUUGAAACUUCAACAGUUGAAAUAGAAGAACGAGGAGUAAAGCUACGCCUGACUGUUGUUGAUACCCCAGGAUAUGGUGAUGGUAUGGACAAUAAGGACAGGUUAGAAUUUUUUCUUUCAAUAUUAACACUAACUAUAUUCCUUUUAUUAUUAUUUUCUUCCUAUUAUCAGAGAAAAUGCCUUUCAAAAGAAAAAGAUGCUCAGAUUAAAACUUAACCUCGGAUUAGUGCUAAUCAGCCUUCAAACAACCGGGUCCAUGAGGUCAAAUCCAUGGCAACUCUGCUCUGGUCGGUAGACCCAUGCUCAAGUACCAACUGAACAAUUUGGCCUGUCACAAUUAAUAGGAAAUUAAACUUUGACUGUAAGUUACUCAAUAAGAAGACAUCUAUUUGCCUUGUAAAAUAUCAUAACUAAAUGUCAACAUUAUUUUUGUUUGUAGUUUUCAACCAAUUUUGGAUUAUGUGAAUGAGCAGUUUGAGAGCUACCUCAGAGAUGAGUCAGGCCUCAAUCGACGACACAUCAUUGACACCAGAGUACACUGCUGUUUUUACUUUGUAGCUCCAACUGGACAUGGGUAAAGUUUGUUUGGAUAUAUUAUUUUCCCACUUUCCCAGAGACUGAGAGGGUUUCACUUUAACAACAAUUUUUGGUGCCAGCAUGUUUUCCUUUACCAAAUUGUAUAUCCAAAUCAAACUGGAAUUUAGAAAUGUUGGUUUAGGGUUUUUAGGACAGGGGAAAGUAUAAAAGUAAUGUAUAGCCAUAAAUUUUCUUUUUAUUUUGGUUUGUAGCACAGUUGGUGCUUGCUUCUAAUGUGCUCAUGAGAGGUUAGGUACAUGUGUAUGUUUAAUCCAAGGGGAGGGUGCGGCAUACAUUGUAUUCAUUGAAUUUAAGGUGCUUAAUAUGCCUAAUCUGAAAACAAGGGGGAGCCUUUUCCUUUUUUAAAGAAGAUGCUAGCGUGAGAGAAGGCAUACAUGUACAAUUGAAGAGGGGGUGUUGCAUUUUUCUUUUGGUGUACAAAAGGGCACUUAUUUAUUGCUUAUCAGGGUGGAAAGAAGGUUAGUUUUACAGCUUGCCCAAAUGGGCAAGCUGUAGCUAGCAUGUAUUAGCCCAAGAGUCAUUUUAAUGGCCCGAAAAAAUUUUGAAUGAGCAGGAUUGAUUACAGUACACUGUAACUUCUUUAAUUUGAAUUCCCUAAAUAAUGUCACUUGCCUGUUGGGCAAGUUAGGAACAGAAUUUACUAGCCCAGUUAAUAGCAAGGUACACAAGCUCUGGUCUAUCAGACAUGCCUUUCUGUGCAUGUUGAUGAUGUAACAAAAAUUAUGUAUGAUUUAAGGUCUGCUCUUUUUAGUGAUUUCUGUUUCUAACCUAAUACUAGGGGCAUUUAAAAUAGUAAAGGGAAAGUGCUCAAUUACAGGCAUUUAACUUGAUACUGCUCUUGCUGUUUGCAGACUAAAGCCUCUUGAUAUUGAGUUUAUGAAGCAGCUUCAUGAUAAAGUAAACAUUGUUCCUGUGAUUGGCAAGGCCGACACCCUCACGCCAGCUGAACUUCAACAUAUGAAAAGAAGGGUAAUAAUAUAUGUACCUUUGUUGUUAGUAAUAUUAACUUGAUGAUCAUGAUCUUGUAUUUAUAUUUGUUUUGGUUUACAAGUUGCUGUGCUGUUUAUUUAUAUUUAUUAUAUAGACACGAGUGUUAAAUUAGCACAAAAUAUACCACUCGUAAAAUUAAUAAAAACUACAUCCGGGACCCGACUGGUUUAUUUUCCAUAACCUCACACGUGAGUUUUUUGAUGACGUAAUUUCGGUAAUGUCCCCUCGAAAUUUCGAGGUGUCUUUCUUUUUGGCAAAUAGAAAUCUAUUAUGUUAUCAAUGUCUUUUUGUCUAUAUAAUAAAAAGAACAUUACAUGGCGGCUUGAAGAUAUGAAUUUUAUUUUCACGUGGCAAAAACAAUAUUUUACGAACGAGCGCAGCGAGUGAGUAAAAUAUUGUUUUGCCACUCGAAAAUAAAAUUCAUAUCUUCGCGCCACCAUGUAAUAUCCUCUAUAUAUCCUUUUAAAAGCCUUCGUUCUUUGUUGUUUAGAUCAUGGAUGAAAUUGAUGAACAGGGAAUUAAGAUUUAUGAACUCCCUGAUUGUGAAAGCGAUGAGGAUGAAGAUUAUGUGGAACAAACAAAACAGUUAAAGGUGAAAUAUUCAGUGUGGUGGUAAUAAAUAUGUUGCAUCAUGCUCCUUGUAUCAUGGGUAACUCCUAGUAUCAGCCUGAAGUGAAACAUUACGUAUGACCACAAACCGUUUAGUGGUAAUUUUACUUUGAUUAAGGGCCUGUUUACAUGGAGGUGGGGGACCCCAGGUAGGUGAGGCAACCUGUUUAGGUGGGGUUAAACAAAUAACCCUCAUUUACAUGCAAUCCCAUGCAAUCUUACAACCCCGCCAUCCAGGGGUGCACUUUCUCAAGAUUAUUGAAUGGCUGCUAUGCUAGUAAACAAGAAAAAUCCUGGCAAACCACAUGUUUUGGUGAUUAAUGCUCUUCUACACUCGCUUGCUGUUCUUGCUGCAACCUUCAGUGCUGUGGCUUUCUAUUGUUACCUUUAAUGAUGCAAUGCCACCGCCAAAGUAAAUUUUGUGCAAAUUUGAAGUAUCACGAAUCCGACCCUGGCUAGGCAGGUAACCCCACCUUGAAACGUCUACAUGGCAAAAUUUGACCCCGGCUGAGAGGGUUACCCAGUCUGGCAGACCGGGCUACCCGGCUUGGCAGGUCACCCCACCUAUCAGGUAAACGUGAUCAAAUUAAAGUGAGAGAUUAUAUGAACAGGCGGUUUACACACCUAAGCGGGUUACCUCACCUACCUUGGGUCCCCCACCUCCAUGUAAAAAGGCCCUAAUGUGGGUUUAUUUCAUGUUUAUUGUAUUCUCAUACUUGAUAUUUUUAGGCAGGUAUGCCAUUUGCCGUUGUUGGAAGUAACACCCUCAUAGAAAUAUGUGGGAAGAAAGUCCGAGGUCGACUGUAUCCCUGGGGAGUGGUAGAAGGUAAGAUAUUAAAAGGAAAUACAGUCAACCCUCUCUACAACUGCUACCUUGGGGAAUAUGGGUAAGUGGCAGUUGUAAAGAGAUGGCUGUUAUGGUAUUGUAAUAUGAUGACCGCAUUUUUUUGGAAAGGGAAGAGCACUUUUAUUUUGUAAAAUGCUUAUUGCAGCAUGUCAAAACGGAAAACUGGCCAAAUGUUCAAAGCUAAAAUAAGCAAGCAUUUAGGUACACUGAGUAAAAAAAGCUGCAUUUUAAAAUGUGGCUAAUGUUGGAUGCUGUAAUGGAAAGAAAAUAUCAGGACUUAAAGACUUCAAAAUCGGAACCAUAAGAAAGCUGAUCGCCUUGUUGUACAUAGUGUGGUUAUGGGUUUGCGGUGUCGCAAAUUAGUUCAUAACAGUGGAGAAAAGCAAAGAACUGUAUUGGGAAUGGUAUGAUGUAAAUUGUGCUGUGUGAAUUCUACUGUAUAUUUGACUUAACACACCUAUCCUUGCUGUCUUUUCAGUUGAAAACCCAAAGCACUGUGACUUUGUGAAGCUGCGCACUAUGCUUAUGUAAGUUUCUGUUCGUCAAAUCAGUCAGUUAUGAGGCACUUUAUAAGUACCGUAAAUGAUCUAAUAAAUGCCUCUUAUCUAAUAAACGCCCCCUCUACGCUUUUAAAAUAGACGCCCCUGCCUUGUAAACGCCCCCUGUCUAAUAGACACCCCCUCUGAGAAUUACUCCAAAAUACUAGAAAUGAGCAAAAAGGAGCAAAAUCAUUCAAUUCUUUCAGUUUCUUGCUUGAUUAACACGGCUUUUCGUAUUUCAUCUUGCUUAAUGUCAAGUUCAACUUGAGUAUAGACUAACAAUGUCAAUACAAUAACCCUGCUUGUGACUUAGCAAUUAAAUUAAUAAAGGAUUUUCAGCUCUUAUCCAUGGUUACUAGGUUUAAGUAAACACAUAAUUUUUGGAUAUUGAACUCGUAAGAAAAUACCGAAUACGUUUCACGUUUACGGCAAACGGCAAACGUCAGAUUUAAAUUGAGAAUUUAUCAGAAUAGAAAAUAAGCAGUCUCCCCUCGUUUUCCUCGCGUACAAUUUAACUCGCUCCGCACCAUCUGAACUCCGCGCUCUACUCUCUGAACGCCUGGAACAGGCUAUUCGUUGGGUGCCCCUGAUGCUUUCCUGAAAAGUGAGAAAAGUUACAAACAAAAGUUACUCUGAAGAUGACUACCGCACAGGUUGUCGAAACGUCAGUCACUGUCAACAACAACAGUCCUAUUCAGGACUACUUUCACCCGGACGAUCAAACUCAACCUACUUUUGAAAUGACUCCUGGGUUUCAAACCUUUCACAAACAGUUAUAAUGCCGAAAGAGAAAAACCGCACACAUUUCUAUAUACCGUACUUGCGGCUUCGGUAUGGUAGUGUGCAUACAAAAUUGCUUCUGCUUCUUCUUCUUCUGAUUCACUGCAGCACUCAUAUGCAGGAUCUGAAAGAAGUGACCCAGGAGGUACAUUAUGAAAACUUCCGGGCGGCCCAGCUGUCCAAUGAAAAUUCUGAGGAUUUGAUUGACGCUUCUGCUGUGAAUGGAACGAGGUACGUGCCAGAGAAAACACACUAAUUCUAUGUCAGGUAUCCGGUCACCUCGGCACCAAACCACCUUGCCAGCUAAUGAAAUUGCCCCCAAGAACAGAACUUAGUUUUAUUAUCUUAAAAAGUCUCAUUAGUGUACGAAACAAACGAAAAGUACUUUGUCAAAGUUUCAGACGCCGAACCUAUUACUGACGUAUUUCAGAGUUAUUUGUUGGUGCUGAGUCAACUUCCUGGUGGUGAGAUGACCGUACAUGUAAACCCGGCUAUGUCAUGGAAGAUAUUAUUCAUCGUGGUAUAUUUAUAAAGGGUUUCGUUUAUCGUUGGUCUUACGAAAGUUGCUUAGAUAUUGAUCGUGGCGUUUCAACAGCUUACUGCAGGUUUUCGUUAGGUGAUAAUGUCGAAUUACUGAGUGGGACUAUUAGUACAACCGUGGUUGUUAGUGAUUGGUGUAUCACGAACCUCGCUUGCAUACGAAUUUUAUCAACACGUGCAUUGUGGUUCUUGACUGAUGUGUAUCUUUCUUUUUCUAAGAACUCGCCCAGUCCAGAAGGUGAUGACGGAUAAAGAUCGCGCAUUACUGGAAAAGGAGGAAGAGGUUAGUAUUAUGUGUAAAUAACAGCAUCCUGAUUGUCUACGUACAUGUAGUAAUACAUGUGCAGCAAUCUUGUUCCCAGAGGCUGUGUUCCUGUUGGUCAGCCUCAAGGAACUUCGUUUAAAUAAUGAACCAACUGAAGAGUAAGUGCCGCCUUCUGGUCUUCUCAGAUAAGAACCAUCAGUCCUGUCUCACAAUCCUUGCUCACACACUGUACAGAAAUAAAAGAGUAUGGGACGCCUUAGUCUCCGUUGUCGUGGUCUAUCUCUGCUAGCAUUUGGUCGCCUCGGCUGGGUUAAGCUUGAAGGGCUUCUGAGCGAAUGCCACAACAACAUACAUACAGACAAACAGAAGUCAGGCUAUUUGCCGGGUGCUGGAAGAAUCCUUACUCAGAAUUCAACUCAGGAAUUAGGUGGAAAAAGGGAAACUUGCGAGCCGGAUCCCUUUAAUUGGUCACCCCUUCUGAGAGGUUUUUAAAAGCCGGUACUAACCCACGGAAGAGUGCAUAGUGUUUGAAACGGCCUUAUUAAGAGCACUGUUAUCGAACUGGCCGGGAAAAUUUAAAUUAAAAUACGUUGAAUUAAGUUUUAAAGAAGGAUUUUUAUUUUAAAUAAACGGAUUAUGAAAUUUAAAACGGAAUUGUUUGUUUUCCUGGAGAUAGCUACAAGUACAUUGAAUUUAGCUAUCUUUGGUCGUUAGUCGCAUUAAUCUCUGUCAACGCCGGCAGCAAUUGCGUGGGAGGUACAAUUGAAAUUAAAAUAACUGGCAGUGGAAUCCGAAACUGCAGCUGUGCAAAUAUUUUGUUUUACCUACAGCUUCGUCGUAUGCAAGAAAUGAUUGCUCAGAUGCAAGCACAGAUGAAGAGUCAAAGCUAGAAGCUGGGUCGAAUGACGUUUGGGUAAAAUUCCACCAUACCCCCACCCCACCCCUGAUAUAAGGAAGAUUAGCGAAAAAAAGUGAAGUAAUUGAAUAUGGAAUAUAAAGCUGUAUCUUACGAAGCUCUAAUAUCAACGUCUGUGAUAUCUACACUGGCGUCGCUCCCUGUUUUUUAAAGCCUGUAGAAAUAUAACGAUCGGAGACAGAAACAGCAAAUUAGGCAGCGUUAUUAAUGGCCAGCAAUUAUUUAAUACAGUAAAAACUAUCGACAUUUUUAGGAAUUUUAUAAUAGAGGUAAAGCUUUAAAUGCCUUGUAGGAGUGUAAAUUUAAGACUUUUUUGACUUUUAAUUUUUAUGCAUUUGUUUGUAAGUUCUAAUGUUUCAGCUGUCAUUGCAAUCAAUUUUGUACGUUUGCCGGAUUUAAGUAAGAGGUUUCUAGUCACAUGUAAGGUGAUACAUUUUUUGACAGUUAUUAAGCAAAUUUUUUAUUAGUCCAUAAUCAGCGAUUUUAGAUUUGAGCGAGAGACGGGAUUGGUGUCGUCUCGAUUUGCAUUAUGGGACUGCCUUAGGGAUGCUAGGUUGCGCAGGGAACUGGGUCGAAUUAAGCCCCCUCCCCCAGCAAAAAAAUUUCCCAUAGUGCAAUUCAACAUUACAACUAAACAGUCUCAAACAGAACCUCACUUUAUAACAGAUUGCUAAGGAUAAAUACUUGUUACAGAAUGAUUAUAUAAAUAUUUAACAUCGUUAGGAAUGAGUAGUAAAGGUUUUCGUCUUUAGUGAAGGACUGAUUAUUGCUAGCAGUUUAACAAAACGGCAACAACAACAAAUAAAAAAACAAAAACUAACUAAGCCCUUGGAUUCUUAAGGUUAAGAGUGAAGGAAUAUACCCACAUUAUGAACAUUUUUUAGGAAUAAGCAGAUUGAUAUAUCGAUGAUCAAACGUCAGUGCUUAAAUAUUGCUCAAAGAACCUCUUUCUCAUUUCUUUCUCAUUGGUCCUUUCCUGAACGUGUGGGUUUCCUUAAGAGGAACAAAAAAUGGGAGAAUUUGUUGGCAGGUAAACAUGUGUGUUACCAAACAGUUUUAAGCAAUUUGAGUCAAGAGAAAAUGGCCUAGUAGAGGAUUUUUACCAUUUCCGUUUUAUUAAGGGUAGUUUUGACAAAUACUGAGAGACUUGUUCUAGAGAUUCCAGAAGUUUGGGCCUCUGAGCAAUUGAGAAAGAUUAUCUUUGUAAGGUUUUGAAAAGAUGAUGCGAAUGUAGCGAGAUUCGAGUUUCCAAUCAACACCCAGAAAAUUUAUGAAGUAAUUCUUGAAGUAGAUUUGUUAAGUGAUACUCUUACUUUAUUACUCGAAGGGUGAACAAAAAAAGUGAAU